AUGCGGCAUUCAAAAAUGCAGUCUCCGACGUCACUGGGAGAGAGUCAUGUUAGUAAUGGGGUCCACCUUGCAGUCAACAGUUGUGAAAACUGUGAUUUUAGAUGCGCUGCUCGUGCCACUGGCGACACCACCUCAUCUGUGGACUUUGGGAACUCAAGCACACAUGCAGCAGAAUAUUUCUGCCCAGUAUUUAUCCCGUCUAAGUCACGAUAUCACAGUGAACGUGGAACCAUCUCGCUCCUGAUACGGGAUAUGGUGCCCUUUACGCUCGUUGUGGAGCCAGGGGAGCGCGUGCUGUACGAACAGCUGGUGGAUAGGUUGCUGAAGAAGUGGUGGUGGGGUGCGGGGGAUGCGGAGGAAGAUGGGGCACGGUGGUUGCCCCAGCGUCCAGGGUUCCGACAAAUGUCCCGCCUCCAGUCGCAGGCGUUGGUCUCCACGCCGCCCUGCACACCCCCACCCCCAGCUCCACUACCAAUACGGCGACAGCGAGAUGUAGCAGAGGUGCGGAAACUUGUCAAUAUUCAGUCGCUGCCAUUAUCUGAUCAAGGCGUGUCUUAUGUUCGGAAUCACAUUCUGACAGAACUUGUUUCGAGAGCGUUGUCAACAACCUCAAGCGUCUUGUUAAACGAUCGGGCGGCGCAGUGGUUUUGGGUAAUGGAUGACGACAUUCAACGAUUCUACAUGGCCUGGAAUGGCAAGAACAAUGUCAUUACUCCACGUCAACUUUUUACUGAGGUCUACAGUCGCAUCCAGAUGUUACACGGUUCCGCUUGCGAAAUGAAUGACAUUGCCGUAUUUUCUUUGGAGUACCCCCGAUUUGCUUACAAGUAUGGUGAUGGCGAUUUGGCUUUGAACAGUUACAAUAACAUUGCCUCGCUUUUUCGUUACGAUCUUGUGCCGCCCGACUGCCGCUACCGCUUCCGUAUCCGUGAGGACUAUGACUACACGUUGCAGCUUAUAAGUCAUGGGCUAAAGACGGCGCGGUUUCGUAACCUUUCCUUUGAGGUGCCUGGAAUGGCAGAGAUGGCGGGAGGUAUGACGAACUACUACAAGACUCAGAAGGAGGACAUCAGACUGCAGAACAAGAUGUUUGUCGAGACUUGGCCGGCUGUGGCACAGGAAUGCAUCAAGGGAAAGGGAGUUCUACAACGGGAAGACAUACGCGUCCGGUGGGACCUUCUUCAUCCAAAGAAAAACCCUAACCCCAGCGCUACUGUGCACUGCCGCACGCCACUGCAGACGAAGGCGCAUAAAUCCCUACCCCACAACAUCAAUGCGGCACACCCAAAGACGAACGAGGGCUGUGGUAAGCCCUUAGGCAGCGCAAAGAAAGGCAAGUUGAAGGCAAAAAGAAGUCGGUCGUCGGAUGCGGCGCGGGAAGCGAGAAAAACGGAAGAGGAUGUGGAGGAGCAGAAGCUUCGAAUGACCUCAAUGAUGACCACGGGUUUGACUGAGAAAAAACAUACGGAGACGAAGGCGUCAAAUGUGGAAAUCAGGAGACUACCUGGGUGGAAGGGCUACGCCCUCGAACGAUGGAGAUGUCUUACGGAAGAUGAGGCCUUGGGACUGCACUUACAUCCCAUUCCAUCAGAAAGAUUGCGUCUUGGGCAAACCGUUGCAGUUGUUCCACCUUUGUUUCAUCAAACCCCUUCUGUUGUGGAAGCCGUACUUGUCGACAAGAGCAUUGUGCGGAAGCGCCGAGUUAGAAAGACGGAAGGGCCUGGUACCACAGAAGUGAAGAAGGGGUCAGAGGAGGAUACCGUUAUUGAGUGGAGUGCGGUGGCGCGUGGGCUACCUAUCCUAUCUGUUACUUGUUGCUAUGAAGUACCUGCGGUGGGUGUUGGUGUCGUCGCUGCCGCUGUGGAUGCCUUCUUUGAGAGGGAGUUGGAGAAGGAAAAAGAAGCUGUGGGGUAG